AUGGUGGCAGUCGACUACCGCCGAUAUGAAGAGGGGCAAGGCUCCGUUUUCUCACCAGGGAGAGAAGUCCCAGAGAAUGCCCAGGCCCUGGAGGAGAGGAGGACAUUCAUGCCGGAGAUCCUCCUCAAUUCCUACUUCAUCGCGGGUCUCAAUGCACCUCCUCCUUUGACUGAACGGGAGGGCCUGAUCCGGCGCCCGUUCCGUGAAGUGGUGGACCAUGUGUGUCGGGAGGAGCUGCAGGGUCCCACUAGGACAAUGCCAUCUUUCUCACUGCCAGUGAUCCCGGAGGGUCGUGUCCUAGCUGUCGCAACGCUUGGGGACCAUGUUCUCUCCACCUCGACUCCCGAAACACCUGCCAUAGCUGUAAGCCUCCGUGGAAAGAGAGGAAGACGGGUGUCGUGGGAGUCCGCAUCGGAGGCCUCUUCUACUGAGUCGGCUUUGCCUGUGGCGGUCCUUCCAGUUUCAGCAACGGCCCCUGCGGUGAUCACCUUACCGAUCACAAGUCCGGCUAUGGCUUCUGCCCCGCGGCCAAGGAGAAAGAGGAGGAAGAGAGCUUCUUGUCCUCAGUCUCCUUCUGGGUCCGUGUUGGCUCUCCAGCCCGCUGCUGCUAUUCCUGUCCAUGUGGAGGUUAAUGGGAAAGUGACUGAGUCCAGCCCUGUCCCAGUUAAGAAGUCCAUUCCUGUCCACGCUGAGGUUGAUGGGAAAGUGACUGAGUCCAGCCCUGUCCCAGCUAAGGAGUCCAUACCUGUCCACGCUGACGGUGUUGGGAAAGUGACCAAGUUGAGCCCUAUUCCAGCUAAGGAGUCCAGUCCUGUUCCAGCUUCACAGCCAGCCGCAGCGCCUUUUGUCUUUGUUCCACAGUCGCCUGUUGCACCCCCUGUCUCAGUUCCGUUGCUGGUUCCAGGGUCCCCAGUCUUGGUUCCUGUUACGUCUCCGCUGCCAGCUGCAGCGGCACCUGCUUUGUCCCCUGUUGUUCCCCCGGUCACCCCUGCUACUGUUUUACCCCGGUCUGUCCUCCCCAAGACUGUACCUUAUGUGCCUCCGCCCAGACCUGUUCGGUCUCCUUGUCCUCAGCCCUCGCCCACGUCCAUCUGUCAUGUCCCGUGUUUGACGUUCCCUUGA